AUGCUCGACGCCGGCCAGCUACCCCACGAUUUCCACCGCCGCGCCAAGUGGGUCAACGCCGCCCGCUUCUACCAGCUCCUCGUCGAGCCUCUCGACAUCGCUGACUACCACCACCAUGGCCACCACCGGACGAGCGGGAGCUACAUGACCCACGGCCGGGAGAGGAGGUACGAGCUGUUCGACAGGUGGUGGCAGGAGAAGGCAUGCACGGGCGGCGCCGGCGGCGACGUCACGUCCUCCAUGUCGGCAGCGUCGGCGAGCAGCCGGAGACGCAGCAAGUACGCCGGGCUCACGCAGGACCCGUGCUUCUGGGCGAGAGUGGAGGAGGCGAGGGAGCAGACGGAGAGCGCCCGGGGCGAGCGCGAUGUGGCGGAGCUGGCGAUGAAGCUGGAGGAGCUGCAAGAGUUCGAGUGCUACUCCCGUGAGCUGGUGGCGAGCAAGGAGGUGUCUGUCGACGUGCUCGCGCCGCAGUCGAGCUACACGCUGUGGGUGGAGGAGUGGAACCAGCUCAAGCUCAGGGAUGAAGUGAGGACAAUGUUGCUUCGGUUUUGA